AUGUCCUGGGGUAUUACAUUUGCUGCAGCCGCCCUUGCAGCCACCGCAAUUACCAGUCCAACAAGCUAUAGGACGAAGAGGGAUGCCGCCCAAGUCGUGGAAACCAUAAAUUCCAUGGGCCCCCAAGUCACUGAACUUGAAACCGUCGUCAAGGACUUCACGGGCCAUAUCUUUACAGCGUUGAAAUUCAAACGGGAACCAGCAAAAUUACCAAGAGCCUUAAAACCGCUAUCGAGCAGACGUAGGGAUCUCCAAACUUUUCAACGAGUCACUCCAAGUGGCCCUGGCCUUUCUGGAGUGACAGCCCAAAAUCACCAAUGUCCUCAAUGCUUUCCAGAAGCUUUCAGUGCAGCUGGGCGGGAGGUUGUGAAGAAGUUGACGCUCGAAUUUGCGAAACUGGCACCAAUUAUCAAUGAUAAAAUUGCCGCCGGUUUCGACUAUUUUUAUUAG